GUUGCUAUAAACAUGGCGGCGUUCAGCUCCGAUCCAAAACAUUAGGAUUUGACAUGAUUAUUUUGAUAGUUGCGCGAAUAUUCUAGAAACUUAGCAUUUCCAUCGACCUAAAGCAUUGACACCUUCAUUAUUAGGUUACAAGUUAUAAUCUGAUAACAUGGAGGACAGUUCAGAUCUACAGUCUCCAGAACAGUAUUUCAUGGAAUCUGAAGAGACCCCCUUAGAAUAUGAGAGUGAUCCUGAGUUAUGGUCAUACAGUGAUGAAACAUCCCAUACUGGACCAGAUGAGAAUGACUAUCCACUAACCACCCACCAGAAGAUAACUCAACAAGAAAAACUAAGAAUCAUGGCGUUGAGGAGACACUUAGACCAGCUGAGUGAAAAAGUACUUGAUAAGGAAUAUUUGGUAACAAAGACAAGAGAGGAGCUAAAAGCAUGUCGAGAUAAAGUUGAAAGCUUAGAAAAAGAAAGAGAUGAGGUAUACUCAUCCAUUCAGGAUGAAGAAGAAGCCAACAACAUGGCCGCUGUGUACCGACUUCGAGCAAAACACGAAACACUGUGUCAAGAACUGGAAGCCGAGGAGAUACUGGAAAAAGACAUCAGUCAGAGACUGGAACAAACUCAAUUUGAGUUGGCACAGGUACAAGUUGAACAAGGAAAAUUCAUACUCGUUGAGGAGGACUUGCAGAAAGAUGAAGAAAUGUGGCAGAGAGAAAGAACAGAGGUAGCAUCUCAACGAGCCAGGAAAGAGACGCUGAAAGCACUCCAAGCCGAAAGAAGGAAAAAGAACAGAGAAAGAGACCACAUUGCAGCUCUGCGUGAGAGGGACAGAAAACAUAGACAAGCCAUUGUCGCUGCAAGACGAAGCAGAGAGGCUGCCAAUAAAUACCUGAAAGAGACACUAGCAAGAGUUAGACAGCAGGAAUUGGAGGAAGAAGAGCGAAGCAAAGCUGAGAUGGAACAACGAAUGGAAGCUAUUAUAUCAUUGAAAGAAAAUAUUGGAUCCAAUCGGGAAAAUUUACGAGCUAUACAAGCACGGGAUAGAUACUUAGCUAGACAAGCUGCUGAAGCUGAAGAUAUGGAGAGACAGGAUGUGUUGGAUGCAGGGGGAAAUCCUGAUGAGGUUCUACUGAGGAUGAAAAGAAUCAGACAGUUUGAGAGUGAUCUGGAUGAGUUUGAAGAGUCUCAAAGAGAAAACAGAGUUGAGAUUGCAUCUCGCAUUUUAAAGGAAGAAAAACAGAUGAAGAAACGUAUGCAGCAGUAUCCUCAGUUAUGGCCAGAGUCUAAGAGAGAUAGAGAGAGAGCCAAGAGAGUUGGCAGACCUAAACGUAAAGCUAGAAUUGGUAUUAUUCAUGAGACGAGUGGAUCCUCAUCUAUGGAGUACAGUGCAGAUGUAGAAGAAGCCGCUCCUCCUAAGCUAAGCACAAGAUUGAUGCCUGUGUCAUCAGAUGAUGAUGACUUCAGUCCAUAUGGCGUAACAAGUCGUGACGAGAAAGGAGAAAGUGAUAGUGAAGAAAAAGAUGAAGUAUUAGCUCAACCCGAAUUUAAAGGAUUAUGGGAUUUAAGACAUAAAUCCUACAAGGUUCCUAAAGAAGAUGAUCAGAAGUUUGUGUUGUCGCAUUACCCGAGUAAAAUGGAGAAAGACAUAAUGACUGAGGCAUUAGAGAAACAAAGAUCAGGAAUCGUUAAGAAGCAGAUUGCAGCCGGUAAAGAGUUCAAAGGGUGCCCGUUCUACAGUAAACCGGAUGUGAUACAUUUUAAGGAUUUUGAUGUUGGUAAGACAUACAAGAAAAAAGUAAUCCUGACAAAUGUAUCAUAUAGCGUGAAUUUCCUUAAAUUGAUUGGGAUAUCAGAACACUUGAAGGACUUUAUACAUAUAUUAUUUGAUCCUCCUGGCCAGAUGUCUGCUGGUUUAACCUGUGAGAUGCUGGUUACAUUUAAACCUAUGAUCAACGAAGACUUGGAUGGUCAAGUCAGUUUUCUUGCUCAGACUGGUCCAUUCACAAUACCUUUACUUUGUACCACAAAGAAAUGUGAUAUUUCAGUGGAUAAAGAUCUUGUAGAUUUUGGCACUCAGGUCAUCGGUGAAACAUUAAAGAAGAGUAUUACUCUGACAAAUAAGGGAGCGUUGGCAACUCAGUUUGAAUUUGUCAAAAUAUCGGGAGUGCGACCUCAUACGAUGACCUCUAUGGCGUCAAUCGGAGGCAUGACUGGUUUGGAGACAGAGAAGUCAAUAAGUUCUACUGUUAAAGGUGCAGAAGAAGAAGAAGAAAAAGAAGAGAAACUCACAGAAAAUGGCGUGAAAUCACCUGAGCCAGUUAUUCAAGUCAAUGGUGAAGUUGAAGAAAACAGAUCAACGGGUGAUGUGGAAGGUAAACAGGAACCUGAAGAGAAAGAAAGAGACGAGGCUGCUGUGAGUGAUAGAGCAGAUUCUGCCAAGACUAUCAGAAGUGAAAUAACUGCAGAUGAGGAAAAGAAAGAUGGGGCGAGUACCGGCAGUGUUCCAAUCGAUCCAGUUGAUUUUGAAGAUAUAGCUGAUCUAGAUGGAAUGAAACUCGGAGUGUUAACCAGUAAUGAGAUUGGCCCGUUCUCAUCUGUCAAGCUGGAAAUCAUCUUUGCACCAACUAUUCCUGGUAAAGUGGAGACUGACUUUGACAUCAGAUUUACAGAUCCUCUGUCAGAAACGAUUUCUGUGCGAGCUAUCGCUAGUGCAAUUGAUGUGCCUGUAUGGGUUGAAAGACAGAAUGUGGACCUGAAAAUUUGUAUGUUUGAUAGAUUGUACCAAGACUCCAUUGUGGUUAACAACAGAGCUACAACUGCCCUUAGAUUGAGGUUUGAAGUCUGUAAAGAACUCAGGAAUCAUCUGGAAUUAUUACCAAAAACUGGUUAUAUUCAAGCGCAACAACAGUUUUCAGCACAGAUGAAAUUUUUGCCAAGACAUUCUUUAAUUGAAGAAGGUGGGAAGUACUUUGAUAAAGAGACUGGGGUAUUAGAAGCGCCAAUGACAAUACGUGUCGCCGACCAGACUGUACCUGUCCCAUUCACAGUGCAUGCAGUAAUUACUAACUCUGAUAUGGAAUUUGACACAGAGUUUAUAAACUUUGGUUACUGUACUAUAUAUGAAUCAGUCGUGACUACUGUCAAACUCACCAAUAAAUCCAUUUUGUCACAGCCAUUUGGAUUUGUCAGUCUGCCUGAUUUUGUAGAGGUGCAGCCAAACGAUGGAUUUGGUACGUUACUGCCGUUGGAAACGCUGGAACUGGAUAUUAUAUUUAAUGCCAAGAAAGCCAAGGAAUACAGCUUUGAGUUAACUUGCAAAUCUGGCAUUAAUAGAGAUUUCCAGAUUAAAUGUAAAGCUGUUGGAGUGCAUCCCCCAUUAGAGUUCUCUCACUCGGUAAUCCACUUUGCUGCCACUGCGAUAGAUGAUGCGUCCUUUGCUUCAUUCCACGUAGUCAACUCGCAUACCAGUGCCAAUGAAUUCACACAUCCAGUACCCAGAAUUGGCAAAGGUGAUAUUGUUCCUGUUGGUCCAACGUCGUUUGAAUUUGUACUGCCAGAGGACACUCAGCUUACUGUGUCUCCCAGAGUUGGCACUGUCCACCCUGGAAAGAAACAAGCUAUCUCUGUGAAAUUUCAACCUCUACUAACGGACUCUGCCAUACGAGAAGAAGCAGUGCGUAUGAUAACGAGAAAUCUUGAAGCCAAGGCUAGAAAGGAGUUUGAAGAAGCCCAACUUGCGGCAAUUAGGAGUGCUGAAGCUGCUGCUGAUGGGAAAGUGAAAGGUAAACCUGGUAAGAAAGGUGCAGCCAAUAAGUCACCACUUGGUAAAUGUAAAAUACCGAUGGGAAAAGCACCAAGUCCUACAUUAUCGUCAGGACCGAGGGCAAUCACACCACCAAAUACCGAAGAUAUUGACCCAAAAUCCAAUGACUAUACAGCAGCUAAGAGUUCCUUAUUGCGUAGUUACAAGGGUAAUUUUAGCAGUUACUCCAUUCCAUGUUUUGUGGCUUCAGGAAUUCCUGGUGAUCCGGGAACUCUUCCAUACAGCGUUUAUAACACUCUGUAUUUGGAAGUUCAUUGUCCCACUGUGAAGCCAUGUUUGGUUGUUAUAUCUAAUCACGGUAGAACAACUACCGACUUUGGUGAAGUCUCCAUUGGACAGAAUAUCAUCAAGUCUAUCACCAUACAAAACAUAUCAGAUCAGCAAGUUGAUCUGAAAUCAUCAUUAUUAGAUCCUGUUGGUCCAUUUGUUUUACUGAAUGCAUUACGUCCAUUACCGCCCGAUACAACGCACACGUUACUUAUAUCAUUUACGCCUAAACAAGGAAAAAUUUUUUAUGAAAUGUUAGACAUCUGCUCUCCCACGUCUACCUUAUCCAUAAAUUUACAAGGCCAAGGUGUCAGCCCCAAAGUAACAGUAUCUGUAGAAAAUGGUGUACUAGACAUGGGAUAUGUAUUAGCUGGUGAAGAAACUAUCGAUACAUUCAAGAUUGAAAAUACUUCAUCAUUAUCUGUUGAUUUUGCAAUAAAGCUGGACAGUCUGUCACUGACAAAACAAAAAGAUCAACAGAGUUUGCCAUCAUUUGUAAAAGAAGACCACCAAAUGAAGUCAUUGGUUGGCACAGCGAAUCUGAAUGGUAGGAGCGUCUUUGAUUGUACACCACCACAAGGCACUAUUGAACCAGGUGGUAGCAAGGAAAUCACUGUGACAUUUUGUCCAGAUCACUCCAGUGAUUACUAUUCAGAUGGUGCUAGGUUGUCAUUGUUUGGACAAAAUGAGACGCAUGUCAUACGACUGAAAGGCAAAUCAAGGGCACACACAAUGUACAUAUUAGGAAGCGAUGAAAUAACAACAUGUGUGGAAUCAUUAGCAGCCACCCCAUUACCAGAGGAAGAGGAAGGUGAAGUGAAGCCGCCAGCUAUUCCAAUACUGCUCUCAUUUCGUAGUGUUGGCAAGGAAGAAGGAAAUCAACCAGCAAAUCGGACCAUAGAAGUUGGUGCAAUAAGAACAACAGCUGUCAGUCAGAAAAAGAAUGGUGAGUUUGCAUUUGACAAUGUCAAUGCCAUAGCAGUACAAGGAUUCCAGAUAGAUACUCAGAAAGGAAUGGUGGAAGCGGGUGCAACAAAGAGUGUUACAAUCACGUGGAUACCUCCUGCUGGACAUGAUCCAAAUUCGAUCGUGGAGUCCAGCAUUAUACUGAACAUGAAAGGGGACAUCGCUGAAAGAUACAACAUUCUUCUACGUGCUAUGGUUGUUUCAGAAUAAGUUGUUAAUAUGUAUCUAUAAGUAACUUUUAUAUAAACACCAUACUUAAAAAUUAUUUUCACUGUUGUGCAUACAUCUAUUAAACUUUAAUAUAUGAAGAUCCCAACAAGACAGCUCCUUUCAAUUUUGUUUUCAAAGCUUGUUUGAUUCUUAUGACUUUUGUGUUGAUGUUUUCCAAGGAUGUGCAUGUUCGUAUUCAGGACGC